UUAAAAGUUUUAUGUUUAUAUAUAGUGUUAAAUUAAAUUCUGGUUUAAUUAUUCGGAUUCGUUAAUAUAAUUUCAGUGGUAUAUUCUAUUAGUCAAACAUUUUUUUAAAAAUAGGUAGGUACAUUGAGAUGAUAUAAAUAUUUUUAUCAUUAUAGGCUAUAGUCUAUAGCAGGGGUGGCCAAACUGUGGCUCGCGAGCAGGAUGCGGCUCUUGUCAUAGACUUUCGAGUACAUAUUAUCGUAACAUUUUGAAUUUGAAUUUAUGUAUUUUAAAAAGUAUAUUUUAUUAAAUUACAAUGUGUAUAAAAAAUUAAGCAAAAAUAUAGUGUUCUUGAUAUAAUUUUUAAUUUUUAAUUAUAGUAAGUUGUUCUACUCUAUUUGAAAUCUAGUUAUUUUUUCACUGAAAACAUGGCUGUGGUCAUGAUUUUAUAUUAUAUACAUCGACUUUGGGCAGUAGAUAUCACACAACCGCUUCAAACAAUAUGAAAUAAUAUUAGACACGUAGGUACAGUAAAUAAUUACUAGUCUCAUGUUAUCACCGUACUUACCUAUACUAUAAAUUAUGAUCGGUGGUAAUUAAUGUGUAAUAUGUUAUAUCGAUGAGUCUAAAAAGGAGGGGGUCGUUCUUUACUGCGUAUAUUGUAGACAGGCAGUGGUUCGAAUACGUAUGUGUAUUAUAUGCGCUCGCUGGUGAUAAUUUCAAAUCAGUCUUGUUUUCGAUCGCCGCAUGGUGCAUAUUAUACAAAUGUAGCUGGUGGAUAAACAUCACACUCCACGGUAUUUUUCUAACGAUGAAAUUAUCAUUUUUGUUAUUGUUGCUGACCUUUGUAGCUAAUUCAUUGUACGCGAGAAACGUGCAUCAAACGACGACUAAUAAAAGUCCCAAUUACAAACACCAAAAUCGGAUCAACGGUACCACAAAGAUCAACAUUUCCACGUCGGUCAUUCCCGUAGGACGAAAUUUCAAACAGUUUCCUGCUUGUGAUACAACGAAAAAGUGUAGAAGAUCAAAUAGUACUACCACAAACGCCAACAAGCAUCGUACGAGUAAUACAACACAGAAGUAUACGAAGUUAAACGGUACUGAUACUGUAACCAAGAAAGUUGUGAUCGCGGAUCACCAGACAACAACUGAAUCAGAUCUGUUACAUACAAGAUUUUUUAUAAAUCCUCCAGAAAAGAAGAAGGAAUCAGCUUGUAUGGAAGGACUAGCCUUAGCCGCUAACGGAGAAUGCGUUCUUAAGUUUCCAGAUGAUUGAAAUGGUAUUACUUAGCUGUAUUAAUUAAAUUAAUUAGUUAGAUUGUAUAACUUAUAUGUUUACAGUAUUAUCAUUUAAAUACAUUAAAAUAUUAAGAAAACGAAAAAAUGCUUAAAUGUUAUUUGUGAUUAUUUUUUCUAAUUUUCUAAAUACAUACUAUUACAAUAAAGUAAAAAAUGAU